AUGUUCCUGCACACGCCCGCUUCCCGCGGGGGCGCACAGAGCGGCCGCAAGCACAACGACAACGAAUCGCCCGUCGUGCGCAACGGCCGCCACGGCAAGCGGCGACCCGGGUGUCCAUCUCCAUACAAUCACACUGGGCUCUGUGCUGCGGGCCAGCCCGCCCUGUGGCCCGUCCCCAUGUCGUCGGCUCCUCACUUUCCCGCUGCCCUUGUUCCGCCCCUCCAGUCCAACCAGGUCGCGCACGUCGCCAAUGGGUCCCACCAAGAAAACCGGGCCGUGUCGGCGCUGUCUGCGUUAACCAGAAAUCUCACGCUCUUGCGUCCCCGUCUGCUGGUGCGCAUCCUCGAGCCUCGUCGUCGUCUUCAUCCUUUCUUUUUGUCGAUCCUGGGUGCGCAUGGCACCAUGUCAAUGGCGGCUGUAAAGACCGAAGCGCUUCCCGACUCCACGGGCGGCUCCCACGCCGAAAGGUUUCUCGUUCAGCCGGCCGACUACUAUACCAUCCACUUGUCUACCCACUCGCAACCGUCAACGAUCCGAUGCUGCGGGUUCGGCACCCGAACAAAGAAACGAUCGAUCGACCCGCCUCCUGUCGUUCAGCUGUCGCUCCUCCAACCCGAUGGAGCCGUCGUUACCAAGUACUCCUCAGGCCGGGAAGCGAUCGUUCCCUUGUCCGUCGAGCUCCGGCGGCGACUGCUGCUGAGAGCACCAGAGAGCAGUACGCCCCUCUGCUCCGCCGGCACGGCCAUAGUCACUCCAAAGCGCACCGAUGAGCCCGACAAGGCCAGCCGGCCCAGCUGGCCCCGGGAUCGGCUCACAUUCGGCUGGACCCGACGAGAGGGAAAGGAAGCGCCGACGAUCUGGCAAAUGGAUGGACGGAUUAGCAGGGAGCUGGCUCGCUGGGCCUCCAACUUCACGGUGAUCGUCGAACUGUGGUCCACGGACGAGCAGUCGUCUCUAACUCAUGUCCUCCGAGGGACAACCACCCACUCCGGGUCAGCAGCCGGCCCUCGGCCCUCGCCAACACACUCCUUCGUCUCGGCCCCAUCGUAUCCGCCGUAUCCUGGGCCGAGCGGACUGCCGAGCGGACUGCCGGGCCAUGCGCCCAAGCAGUCGUCGCCGCCGACCGAUCAGCCCGAGGUCAUUCCCACCAUCUUUGGGGGCCUGGUCGCCCACUCAGAGUUCCUGAUAUCGCCCGAGGGCGAGCAUGUCGUGCUGUUUAUCUUUCCCUCGAUAGCCGUCCGGGUCCAGGGCACAUAUCGGUUGCGGUUUCAGCUUUUCAAUCUCGCCGAUGCUGUCCGUGGCCUGAGGUCUGAAGCCCUGGCAAGCGUUUUCUCGGAUACAUUCAUCUCCUAUUCGUGGAAAAAGUACCCCGGCAUCUCAGGGCCCACGCCAUUCACCGCACACUUGUCGCGCCAGGGCGCUCUGAUCUCGACACGAACACCAACCUCGUCGACGGCCCAUGUCGCAGCCUCGUCUGCUGAUGCUGCCCCGGGGCCCGACCAUGACAGCGACGAAGACGAGGAGGAGGACACCUGA